GCACACUUUAAAUUAAGACGGCGCACUCAACGCUAAGUCAUUUCAACUUUUGAAACGCAGCAGUCGUUAGCUCCAAGUUUGUAGUAUUCACCCAGCCGUCACAAUGCAUAGCGUGUUUAUCUUUCUAUUACUGUUAGCAACCGGGUUCGGCGAGGACAAGAUGAAGGGAUGUUUGGAAAAGGAUUCGAUAUCCUGCGUGCAGCUGGAGAUGUUCCGCAGCGUGAGGUCGUUCUUCGAACAGGACUCGAUGCCUCUGUUCGCUGGAUUGUCGUUUGUUAAGAGCUCCGCCCCCGACGCUGCCGCCAGGUCCCUGAGCUCCGACUCCUUGGCUGAAAGCAACAUCCUCUCAGCGCCCAGUAUCGAGAAGAAGGACGAUGUUCUGGAGUCUUACGUCCUGGACAAGGCAGCUAAUUUCUUCCAGGAGAGGAGUCUGUCCUGGAACUUGGCUCCAGUUGUGCAGAAUGUGGCGACAACUGCUCGAUCUCUCUACCAGAGUCUGCCAGAUUCCGUCAAGGAAAACGUUUCCGAGCUCGUUGAGGAAGGUCGUGGCAAGAAGAAGAAGCUGAAGAAGCUGUUGCCUCUUCUCCUGAUUGGUCUGAAAAUGAAGAUGGCCGUGUUCCUGGUGCUGACCUAUUUCAUUGUUGCCCUCAUCGCCAAGAAGGCCAUCCUCGCCUCCAUCAUCUCACUCGCCAUAUCCGGGUUCAUCGCCAUCAAGAAGUUGCUAUCUAGUCACCAGAUGCCAGUCCACCAGGUGGAAUACAGCGCGCAUGGAGGCAGUUCAGGAUGGAGCUCAGGUGGAGCCAGUAGCGGUUGGGACUCGGGUCAUGGCUCAGAUUCCCACGGAUCCUACUCCAACAAUGUGGCUCAUUCGCUGGCUUACGGCGCACAGAAGCCAACACGCUAAUCGCUGUCAACCAAGUGAUGCAGUGUUCCUGUAAAUAUGUCGAUACACCUACGGUUAACGCAGCCGGCUAAGUGGGCGGCUGAAGACCAAACCCUGGAAGUAAACUACUUCAACCUUGUACUGGCGUUGUAGCCUAUUAUCUAUUAUUUAUUCUGUCUAGUUCGAUAAAUUAUUAUUAUUACACUAAGUAAUUUAUUUCAGCUUUAAUAGCAACCUGUACUGAUAUUUUUAAGAUAGCUCUUAGCUGUAGUAUUUGAUAUCAAUCUUGUAAUAAAUUAAACAGCGUUCGAGUUGAAAUUCAAAUUGUGAGAGGAUCUCUGGAUGAGCGGAGCGAGCCUGUCAAUGAGACCAGAGAGACGUUUGUCUCUGAUGACACUGAGCUUAUAAACUCAGAAGUAGUUCACUACAAUAUCUAAUAAAUAAACUCAGAAGUAGUUCACUACAAUAUCUAAUAAAUAAGCUCAUCUAGAUAUCUUAUAUCGACUGUACAACUCUUAUUUCAGUAGAAUAUUUUUAUAUUUUCCAGUAGCAGUAUUCCAGAUUUACUUAUACUUCCACAACCAUUGAACCGUCGUCAUUGUUAUUAAUAAUUAAUAAUUAUUAUUAUAAGUUCAGGCUCAUUGACCAGUAUUAGCGUCAUAAAUUGGAUAAGAUAAUGAAUUAAUAGUUCUGAAUUUUAUUUUUAAUGAUUACUGUAUCAAUGAUUGAAUAACUAAGCAACUAGGAGGAAUUAAAUGUGCCUCCCUGUUCUGAGUGCACCACCUCACCAAAGAAUUACUUCAAUUCAAUCUAAUGAAUCAAUACGAAUUUAUAAAUGAAAUAUACUGAUGAAAUUAAAAA